GAACGUUUUUUCCAUACAAACAGUUUUGCCAUUGAAUCGAAUCGUCGGUCACUUCCAGUCAUCACUACAUUUGUGUCAACUCUUAGUCACCGGAAAAACGUCAACAAAAACCUCAAACCAGUUGUCAGACCACGUGAUCGACACACAUGUCUGCGCGGAUCAGUUUAAGUGACUCUUCGGCGGUCACCACCUAUUUGUGUGGACUCUAUCGGCGCCAGGAGUUGACGGACACGCGUAUCGUCUGCACCGACGGCUCACUCGUCGCCCAUCGGCUGGUUUUGUCGGCCGUUUGGCCGCAACUGCGAGCGGCCAUCGGCUGCGCCCUCAAAACUACUCCCGCGGCCGACUCGUCGCCACUCGUAGUGAUGGUCAACGAUAUCGGUGUCGACGACAUGCGAGCCAUUCUGGAUGUGGUGUACUUCGGCCGCCAAGUGGUCGACGCCCAGAGUGGGCAACGGUUGCAGCGAUUGGCCAAUCGUUUGGAUAUCAAACUCAAGUCUCAAGACGUGAAGCCGCGCACACCGGCGGUGGCGGCGGCCAAGAGUGCGGAUCUGUUGAUGCCGUCCAUCGCUGUGAUGGCCGCCGAUGAAGGCGUGAAGACAUCGGCGCCGACGCCGCGCCACAAAUGCCUGCUCUCCAGCGAUAAGAAGCGUUUGUCUGCCAAACAGUCCAUUGAUGUGAUCGCGGAUCAGUUGACAAUGGAAAUACCGAUCGAUUUGACCGCAAACUCGGCGCCCAAUCCUUCGCCCGAAGACACUGUUAUGAAUACGAUUGAGUCGAUUGUGACCAACGGCUCCGGAGGACAGUCACCACCGCUACUAACGGCGCCGCCGAAGACCAACAGACGUCGCAAACAGUCGUCGCCGAAGACUACGGGCGCGAAGAGCGCCAAAUACGUGGACAACAACAACACCAACGGCUCACCCGUUGAGCGGCCGCUCAUACAAACGGACGCGCCGUCCGCUAACGGCCCUCCAGUCGAGACCAGUCUUCCGGUGGACUCCGCGGCGGACAACUGGCCGUCGGAACCGUCGAAAGAGGAUUUCAUCAACGAAUUGGUUCUCUCAAAGUUGGCAGAAGUGAUGGCCACUUCUCAGGUGGACUUCACGCUGCCAUCUAUGAUCACCGCUCCUGUUGUCGACGAUAUUGCGGCCGUCGCUGACAUCCAAUUGACCGCCGGAACCGUUGCUGAGACCGAAUCGAUCGCUGCGGCCGUCGCUAAGACCGAGUCGACCGCCGGAGCCGUCAAUGGUGUCGAUGUGUGUCUGGAAUCGACGCCCAAACCGAAGCCCAAGAGUCGCUCGAGUGGUAAACCUUUGGGCCGACCGGUGGAGUCGCCGGUGGACUGCGACCAACACACCGAUUGUCCCGUAUGUUUGGUCACAUGCGAUACGUUGAAGCAAUUGAUUGCACACUUGAACGCCGAUCACCGCACAGAACCCAAUGGCUUCCGGUGCCAGAAGUGCCUCAAAGACAUGAAAUACGCCAAGACUUUGGUUAAGCACUCCAUUCAAUGCAAACCCCAGUAG